AUGGAGCAAUACAAGUUCAUUAAGCAAGUUGGUGCGGGUAGUUUCGGGCGUGUGUAUAAAGCCAUAGACAAGACCACCGGGGAGUUCGUCGCCAUCAAAGAGUUGAAGCACUUAUGCAAGUCUUCGUAUCUACAGCUACCAGAAGUGCAGGCACUGACCAAGUUGAAGCACCCAAACAUUGUCAACCUCAAGGGAGUCCAGAGGCAACACGGCGUCGUCUUUUUCAUCUUUGAAUACAUGCAAGGUAGCCUGUCCCAACUCAUUCACCUCAAGCAAAGCGCUGGGCAGCUUUUCUCCGAAGCUGAAAUUCGAGCCAUGUGUUUCCAGGUCUUCCAAGGCCUUGUAUUUAUGCAUGACCAACAUGGCUACAUUCACCGAGACCUGAAGCCGGAUAACUUGUUGGUGAACCAAGGCGUGAUCAAGAUUUCGGACCUUGGUGCUGCAAGGGAGAUCAACUCCGGCCCACCAUUCAGUGAUUACAUCACCACACGGUGGUACAGAGCUCCUGAGAUGCUGCUAGACUCUUUUAUCUACAACGAAAAGGUUGACAUGUGGGCAAUGGGAGCGAUCAUGGCGGAGUUGUUUCGCAUGCACCCUCUGUUUCCGGGUUCGAGUUCGCCAGAUCAGAUGUAUCAGAUUUGUAGAGUCAUUGGGGCUCCAACGAGGAAUACAUGGAGGGAGGGAUGUCUUCUUGCAAGCCAUAUGAACUAUGAAUUUCCGCAGAUUGAUAGUCUUGGUCUUAGAGCAGUAAUGCCGACAUGGGUUAGUGAUUCUGCAGUAGAGCUCAUCGGGUCGCUUUGCUCUUGGGACCCUUUGAAGAGGCCAACAGCUGCACAAGCUCUUCACCAUCCUUUCUUCACUGGAGGCUACAAAGAUUCAGCUUCUACUAAUUACUCAGCUAACAACGUUGGAAAUGUCCGACAUGCCAUUGCUGAUGAACAGGUUACAACUGGGGCUACUCUGACCUCCCAGUUUCCGAGAUUCAAUGAUCUUCGUAUCCAACAUGGUACCUUCAGGUUUCAUGGAGUGCAGUCACCUAUUUUGCCUCCAAUUGCUCGAAAUUUGUUUGGUACUCCAACAGUGCACAAGCCGCGUCGUCCCAUUGUGUUGAGAAGUGAAGAUUUAAGGCCUGCUGAAGAGAACAACGCCCUAGCAUUAGUCCCAGUGGUAACUGAACCAGCUACUGCAAAAAGAGGCCGACCUACAUCUCCCUACACAUCCCCAAAAAAGCUGAAAAUUCAGUUUGGUGCAAAUGACACUGCAUCCAGUUCAUCUAUGCUACAAAAGAAACUAAAAGUCCCGGAAUUUCAUACUAAAUUCUCUGCAAAGUCUUUGGGAUUGAUUGAAGCUCCAGGAGGUGUCCUAGUACCUAAGGAAGAUCUGCACCCAAAGGAGGCCAUACCACUGGUCAAGGUGGAAUAG